CGGCUACAUUACCAACACACACAUACACACACUGGUUACAUUACACUGUGGAAGCAGUGUGGCAGCAGUGGGAAGUCGGUCCACGGCGGUUUUUUCCUCUCUACCUUCGUUUCUGAUGGUUUGAUGACUUCUGCUUUCCUCACUCCCGCGUCGAGGAUAUAUUCUGAAGCAUGAAAGCGACGUACUGCGUUGCUUGUUGUCUUGUCUGAGUGUUACAACUGUGUUUUCCUCCAGUUGCACAUCCAUCAGUUACCUCUUCACCUCCAGACGGUGUUUUGGUUUUGUUAGCCUACUUUUUUUUCUUCUCAUCCCCACUUUCAAGGACGACGCAGCUUCUUCACGGGACCACGGAGGAAAUAAUAUGUCUCACUUUUAGAAAUGCACUUUUUUUAACGUUGAGGCAUUUUUCUUCUUCUUUACUGGACCAUAUCCGUCGUCGGGUGUGUGUGUUUGUGCGUGUGUGUGUGUGUGUGUGUGUUGACUGAAACACUAGUGAUGAGAUUUUAACUCGUGCUUCGUCUUCCUUUUUUAUUCCCCCCCCCCCCCCCCCCCUCAUGACAUUGAGGCGUUCACUGGACUCGCAUUCCGAGCCUUCAUCUCUCAAGUUUAGCAUAUCAAGUGGUUCGGGUCUGAGUUUUGAGUCCAGCCUGAGAGAAACCCAGGGACGCCGGCAGCAGCUCCUCCUGUUGCUCCAGUAAAGACUCCCCGGCAGCGGCUCCACCGCCGCUCGCUCUCCUGGAGGGAGACGCUCGCUCACUCCGUUCGGGGGAUUUCAGUGGCACUUUCCCUCCUCUCUGUAGUUUUCGGACAGUGCUGGCGCGCGCGCGCUCGUGUGUGUGUGUGUGUCUGCGCGUGUGUGUUGUUGUCCUCGGGUUUCUUGGUGAAACAAACAGAGUUUAAAAAAAAAAUCCCAAAAAAUGCCACAGUUAUCAGGCGGCGGCGGCGACGGAGACCCGGAGCUGUGCGCUACGGACGAAAUGAUCCCGUUCAAAGACGAAGGAGACCCGCACAAGGAGCAGAUCUUCGCCGAGCUCAGCCACUCGGAGGAGGAGGGAGACCUGGCGGACAUCAAGUCGUCUCUGGUCCACGAGUCCGAGAGCAGCCCCAACAGCAACAGCCACGAUGCAGUUAGACAGUCCCAAAUACCGCAAGAUUCAUAUCACGAAAAACACAGAGACCAUUUGGAGGAUGCAAAACUCCAUGACCUGUACAGUAAAGGUCAUCCGUACCAGGGCUACCCGGGCUACAUCAUGAUGAGCAACAUGAACGACUCCUACAUGAACAAUGGCUCCCUCUCGCCGCCCAUGCCCAGAACGUCCAACAAAGUCCCCGUGGUGCAGCCGUCCCAUGCAGUCCACCCGCUCACCCCACUGAUCACGUACAGUGACGAGCACUUCGCCCCAGGUCCUCACCCUCAGGAUGUCAACAACAAACAAGGAAUGCAGAGGCAUCACCCUGGACCAGACAUGUCCAACUUCUACUCCCUGUCUCCUGGAGGAGUCGGGCAGCCGCUGGGAUGGUUCUCACACCACAUGGUGCCCGGCCCCCAAGGUCCCCACGCCACAGGGAUCCCCCACCCGGCCAUCGUCAACCCACAGGUCAAACACGAGCCUCUGCAUGAAACAGACAUCAUGCACAUGAAACCCCAGCACGAACAGAGAAAAGAGCAGGAGCCCAAAAGACCGCACAUCAAGAAGCCCCUAAACGCCUUCAUGCUCUACAUGAAAGAAAUGCGGGCAAAUGUGGUCGCCGAGUGCACGCUGAAGGAGAGCGCUGCCAUCAAUCAGAUUCUAGGACGAAGGUGGCAUGCUUUAUCUCGGGAAGAGCAAGCUAAGUAUUAUGAGCUAGCCCGCAAGGAAAGGCAGCUCCACAUGCAGCUCUACCCAGGCUGGUCCGCUCGAGAUAACUAUGGAAAGAAGAAGAAGCGGAAGAGGGAGAAGAUGCAGGAAUCAGCCCCAGGUACCGGCCAGAGAAUGAAAACGGCGUACAUCUGAGAACAUGGAGGGAAACGGAACAAUUUCUCCACAUGCAAAGCGAAGGCAGCAGCUACGGGCCCUCUGCUUGAGACGGAGGCCUGUUGGAUUCCAUGAAGACCCUUAAAUCUACAAACUGAAGCCUCCAGUUCUCAGAGGACCCCACUUCCCCCCCCCCCCCUCCUCUCCCGACCCCACCCAACCCAACCCCCCUGUCCUGCAACACAGUCACAUGCCUCCACCUCCACUGAAAAGCCUCCACUGUUGGGCUCUACCCCCGUCCCGAUGGCGCCUGCUGUCGAGACACCGAACUGAACAAGACAAUCAUGAUUAGUAGGAGCACACUCACGCAACCACAUUCUCUCACCGGGGGAAAACAACUAAACUUCAAUUUGACGUCUGUGUUUUGUCAGCUUUACUGCAAUCCCGAGGCACGGCACUGAAAAAACCGCAGCGAUUUUGAUGUGCGCACAAACUUCUCCACUGCACCGCCCAAACACUCAAAACACCUGCCUCUACAUUUCUGUAAGUUAUUUUUGUCACCUCGGUUCCUUUGUAUAGUUCAUUAGGCCGACAUUCACUCCCUGAACACCCCCCCCCCCCCUCCCCCGUGCUCUCUCCCUGGAUUUUAAAGACCUUUUGGGGUUUCGCCCGACCGACCAAACACCUCUUUUUAGACUGCACUAAGGAAGCCGGAGGAAUCUCAUCUUGUCUACGAAACGUCCUCAAGACGCCAUUUUAGUUUUAAUUUGCUUUUCAUUUUAAACUGAAUUUGAUUUUGAAUGCUUUUUUGUAUCUUGAACCCUUGUUUCAAUUUCUCGGUGUAUAUUUUAGUGAUGUGGUUUUUUUUUAUAUUGUUUUUUUUUAUAUAGUGGUAUAUAUGAAAAUAAGCUUUGGACACAGGAAAGACAUUUUUCUUGUUGAAGCAUCUUGCAGAAAAUUGAAACUUAUGGCUUCUUUUGAUAACUAUUUGUAACAAAUAGUGACCUCGGGUCUUGCUCAGAUGUAAAAUAAUGCUCAGUAUGUGUACUUUUUAAAACUGUCAGGAUAUGUCAAUUUUCUUGGUAUUUUUGCAGGCAACAUUAGGACAAAGGCGAGAGUGAUGGCUCAGAGGCCUAUAUUUUAUUGUUCUAAAACAUGACAAAUGAAGCAGAUAUAUAUAUUUACCCCAGCACUUGGCAGUCUUUCUUUUAUUGCAAUGGACCUUUGUCUUUUUUCUCUGGUAGCUAAUAGUGUGGUCUUUAGCCAUGUUGUUUAUUCCAUGCAAGCAUCUCUGUAACAUUAUGAUUUUAAUGCUCUCUUUUAGUAUUACUUGAUGAAUUCCUUUUUUUUAUCAUCAUAUUUCGGGUCACUGUCAUCUUGGUCUAGCAUUUUGCUUCCCAAGUGGUCAUAUUUGAACUGUUUCAACAUGUUUUUGUUUUUUUGUAAGAAAAAUAAAAAGGCACCAUUGGCUCAUUUGAUCACUUGUGUGGUGGAAAGACAGAGCUGGAAGUGCCAGAUGUAGCA